AUGGAGGAAGAGCAAGUUGAUAUCGAACCUGACACUAGGGUGAGAGGACGACUGCGUCGUAUGGAAUCGGGCGUAGGGCUACGAAACCCAUCGAACGAUCGUCAAAUGUACCAACUCGAUGCUGUAGAAAAACGUUACCCCACAACUCAACCAACAAUAAGUAGUCAUUUGCCUCAAUCGCAGUCUCACUUCUCUCAGCCACCUUUCGAGAGAAGACAUCCACGUAGGAUCGCCGGGGAUUCAGGUCUUAAUCCAGCCGUAGCCGAUUGUCAAAGUAAACAGGAUGAUUUUCGGCCACCAGUGUAUUCCGUUCAUGGACAAUUCACUCCCAGACAUCGAUCUACGCCGCAGUAUCCUGCACAUCGCUUUAUGACAGGAAACGUUUAUGGUGAAGCUGAUUUCGAAAGUGAUCUGACUAACAGUCAAGUAGCCGCCCGAAAAGCAGUGUCCCAAGAAUUGCCGACCUUCAGUGGUGUGCCGGAAGAAUGGCCGUUAUUCUUGUCGACAUACGACACUACAACAACUAUGUGUAGGUUUACGCCAGAAGAAAAUUUGAUAAGGCUUCAGAAAUGCUUACGAGGGAAAGCAUAUGAAGCUGUGAAAUGCAUGUUGAUGCACCCAUCGAAUGUAGCAUCUAUAAUAUCAACACUGAGGAUGCUAUUUGGCAGUCCCGAGGUGAUAGUGCAUAAUUUGAUUUCGAAAAUUCAUUCCACCCCUUCCCCAAGAGAAGAUCGAUUGGAAACUAUGGUAGAAUUUGCACUUAAGGUGAAAAAUUUGUGUGCCACCAUUUAUGCAUGCAGAUUGGAUGAAUAUACGUAUAACGUUGCUUUGAUUCGAGAAUUAGUUGCGAAAUUACCUAUGCAAUAUAGGGUUGAAUGGGCUAAAUAUCGGAGAUCGAUAGGCGAAGCGAAUCUCACAACAUUUUCGGAUUGGUUGUACGAUUUCGCGGAGACUAUUUUACCGAUAACAUCUUUCACAGAAGCCGAACCCAAAACGGUUAAAUCUUCGAGGAAAGGACCAGCAUUUUUGAAUACUCAUUCCGAAUACGACGAUGAUCAAUGGAUAGAUUCUAAGGAUCACAUGCUACAUUAUCAUCAGAAUACCGAGCUGAAGGAGAAGCAGAAACAACACUUUCAGGCACCUGCUGAGGUGAAUAGACCGUGUAAAGUUUGCAAAGGCAACUGCACUUCGCUGGAGAGGUGUAAGCGUUUCGGAGAGCUCACAUAUAACGGUCGCUGGGCUGUUAUCAACGAGUAUGGUUUAUUCCAUAAAUUUCGAAGCGACGACGGUCGCGUUGAUGGAGAAGACGGUCAGGUAGUCACUGCGGAUUGCAACGCACAUUAUCAAAACUCGAACCAAGCUGUUUUUCGUGUGAUACCCAUAUUUCUGUACGGACCAAGCAAGACGGUAAAAACCUACGCGUUCCUGGAUGACGGCUCAUCAUUGACCUUAAUGGAAAGUGCUCUAGCGGAAGAAUUAGGAGUGAGUGGAAAGGCGGAACCAUUGUGUCUUCGAUGGACCGGCCACAACACUCGCAAUGAACUCGAUUCACAAAACCUGGCAGUUGAUAUCUCCGGAACAGGGGCUGGACAUAAAAGCUAUCACGGUGUUCAUAAGUGCAAUUGCAACGGCACUCAAGAUGACGCGCUUCAUCAGGCGAUGCACGAGUAUUUCUCAAUAGACGGGCUAGGCAUCACUAAAUCCACAGCGCUUGUGGAAUCUAACGAUGAUCGUCGAGCUCGGGAGAUCCUUGAACGUUUCAGGCGAAGAGAUGACGGACGCUUCGAAGGUCGACUACUCUGGAAAUACGACAAGUUUCGGCUUCCAAAUAGUAAACCGCAUGCUAUGCGCCGGUAUGAAUGCUUAGAAGCCAGAAUGAGGAAGGACAACUCACUAGCAAUCGUUCUUCAUGCAAAAAUGCAGGAUUAUAUAUCGAAAGGAUACAUACGAAAACUGGAUGAUGACGAAAUUGAAAAGAACAGUCAACGAGCGUGGUAUCUUCCGAUUUUUCCAGUAGUCAAUCCGAACAAACCCAACAAAAUUCGCAUCGUAUGGGACGCAGCAGCAAAAAGUCACGGAAUAGCACUCAACUCACUCCUCCUGAAGGGUCCGGACCAGAAUACUCCACUAAUUGACGUUCUUAUCAGAUUUCGGGAAUUCAGGAUUGCAGUUUGUGGCGAUUUGCGGGAAAUGUUCCACCAGGUCAUGGUUUCUGAAGAGGAUCAACACUACCAGAGAUUUCUGUGGAAGGAAAAUCGUAGCGAUCAAACACCUAGCACCUAUGUGAUGCAGGUUCUCACCUUCGGCGCAUGCUGCUCUCCGAGCAUUGCACAGUACGCAAAAAACAUGAACGCAAGAGACUACGCAGGACGGUUCCCAAAAGCAGCAGCAGCAAUCAUCAACAACCAUUACGUUGACGAUAUGUUGCUGAGCGUUGAGAGCGAGGCGGAAGCCAUUCGCUUGGCUGAAGAGCGAUCGAAAUGGAUUACUCCAAACGCAUCGAUCAAGGUAGAUGAUGUUGCUGUGAUUGUUGACCCCAACCUUCCGCGAAACUGCUGGCCACUCGGUAGAGUAAUUUCGGCUAUCCCAGGCAAAGACGGUGAAGUCAGAGAGGUGGUAGUUCAAACCGCGAAAGGAAUUUAUGAGCGACCCGCAGUGAAGCUUGCUGUACUCGAUGUUCGACGCGAUGUAUAA